AUGGAGACCUCAUCCAAUCCUAUACAGGUUGUGAUAGGGACUGAUGUCAAAUAUGGGCACUUUCUCUUGUCGACAAAAUCAAAUUUACGUAGAGAUUUUGAGGAGGAGGCAGUUGGGCAACUUAAAUUCAAAGAUUCGAGUAAAAGGGUACCUAACUCGUUUAAGCCAUAUAAUGUUGCAAAUUUGUGGGAGGGUGAUGAUCCCGUAGAGGAUUACGUCGAGGAGUUAAUGAUUGACCUUGUGUAUUGGAUGAUUCUUACUCGCUUGAAUUUACACGAGCUUCCUAGGCAACGAACACCAAUAUUAUUUAAGGCAUCAUUAGUGGCACAUACAAUCGAUGAAGAAUUAUCGGUUAUAACUUGA